GUGGCGCCAUCUUAGAAUUUUUUCGUUUUCGCAACUAGUUUCUGUGAUUUACUUUUGACGAAAACAAAAUAUAUUCGGCAAAUAUACAUUGUGCUUUGUGCUUUUGUUUUUAAGUGGAACUUUUGAUUGAAUUCGAGGACUUGUUUAUAGCAGAAUAAUAUUCAGGGCGGUGUGGCGACACAUCGUUAGGUUUAAGAAGGAUACAACUAUGAGGAAAGGCGGUGGCGGUGUGACCGUGGCGGUGCUGGCGACAUGAGCGCGGCCGCGCUCCGAGCGGACGGCGCGGGCGACUCCACGCCCGGCUCGGACGUUGGCGAGCGUAUCACGCGGCUCUUCCCCAAGUGCCGCCCAAAGAACAUGCAGCACGCACACGACAGGUUGACCUCCAGCUUGGAGGGUCGCGAUCGCGACACCAACAAUGUGAACAACGCCUCGUCUGACGAGGAGCGAGGCAACGAGAGCCAGCUUGUCAUACUCAACUCGAAGGGAGGCACCUAUAAACUUAGGGAUUCUAGGAUCAUAGAAAUCGCAGGAGGUCGCGAGCUGUACUCCCAGAGCCGGACGAAGGCGGUACGCAAGCUGCGACACAACAACACGCACAAACACAACCUGAGGAACAAAGUGCGCUCCCUCAGCAAAGACACCGUCGACUACGCAGCCGAUAACCUUAGUAAUGAGAUAUCCCUGCACAGAAUAAACAAUGAGCCUAAGAAAAUGAUAUCCCGACACACAUCGCCGACGUACACGAACGGGGAUCAUGACGUCAUACUAGAACAGAGUGCUAUGGGGAUUCCGAAGAAUAGUUCCCCCAUCCUUGAUCCCCAUAAGACGACUGACGUCAGCACUAAAAGCAGCCCCAUUGCUGUCGUGGCUGAUGGAGAAGUCGUGGUCUUUGAUGACAGUGAUGAUUGGAAAGGUUUGAGGACGGAACCAGAAGCUAGUGACGAUGAGAUUGAUAUCAGUGUUAAGAGAACUUUAGACAAUAUUAAAAACGGUGAUAGUGAUGUGUUGAACAAUAAAAGUGAGAUUAGUGAUGGGAGUGAGUCGAGUCCGUCGCGGGAUGAGGUCCGGUUGAGUGAUGCGAGUCCGUCUGCCGCGUGGCUGUCCGGGGACGAGGACAAGUCAAGGGUGACCAGGGUCAUUGGUGAAUUGCCCAUCGCUGAGUACGAGGGCUCACCUAGAAGAUACGGCGUUGGUACGCAAAAGCCUACUCGGUCACCGAGGCCUGGGUUCCCACAGAGGGUAGUGCCAGAGAACACAGACAUUAGUCCACCAUCAGGGUCAGCGGCCUUCGAUUACCUGUACGAGUUCUCGGAGACCAGGAAGGUUCUUGAAGAGUUCUUCAGGUGCCCCACUAACGCUGGACAGCCGCAAAUCAAUAAUCUCAUCGCUAAUGAUGAGAUUGUUAACUUUCAGGAAUUAGACUAUGAAUUAAGACGUCAGCCACAAGAAUGUCCGUCAGAGAACGGGUUGGAAGGUGGCAGCGAGUCAGAGUGGCCUCACGUCUCCGACGCACUCGACUCGCCACAGACGACACACAACCACACCAAUUUCUUAGGACUACAGGUCCGAACAACCCAACAACCAGGUACAUACACGACUCCGAAUGUAAGGGAGCUGAGUGUGGGUGCCGCGUGGAGCGGGUCGGGCUCUCCGUCCGGCGCUCGGCCAGAUGUACCGUUCGCUCUAUCCACUGACUCCAGCGACAGCGGCAGUGAUAGGUCAUUGUCUCUGAUGUUGAUGGAGAAUGAGUUGUCGGAGAUGAAAGUGGUAAUGGACACGAAUCGCGUUGUGGUGACACAUCUGCCGGUCGUGGAGGACGGACUAUCGUCAGGACAUGCGUCCGACAACGACAAUAAUAACCAAAUGAUACAGACACAUUCAGUAGUGAUAAAGGAGAUAGUGGAGAAUGGCACGAGCACGGACCCGCACGUACUGUCUGACGCGGACCUACAUUCAUUAGACCCGUUAGUAUGCAGUACAUCGGCGCCGCCGCCCCCUCCGGCCCCGGCGCCGCACCGGCCGGCCUCCCCGAGCUCAGUCCACGCUGCCCACGCCCCCCACGCCUCGCACGCUACGCUGCCUGCGUUGCCACACGCCCCGCUCACGCCACAUACGCCUCAUACGCCACACGUGACGCAUACGCCUCACACGCCCCACGCUCAACAUACGCCGCAUCAUCAUCAUGCGCAUCAUGAGGACGUGUACCCGCCACGCAAAAGGCCGUCUUCAGCGCAAAGCACGGAAUCGGUGGAAAUAAAACCUGCCAGUGGCGACGAAGAUGAAGCCGACACAGACCUUGAGACUGACAGAUUACUUGGACAGCAAAGGACAGACGAUCAAGGAUUCUUCGAUGAUAAGGGCUGGCGCAAACCGAAAUCCCGCACGGUGAUGCCGGGCGGCAGCGUAGUGGCGGCUCGCUCGCCACAUGCCCACGACGCCACCGACAACCGGGACGAAGAGGCGCUGCACAACGGGAAGGACAAAGACGGGAAGAAAAAGAGUAAAAAUAAAGAAGAUGUAAACCGUUCAGUGCUCAUAGAAGGCGUAUUGUUUCGCGCCCGGUACCUUGGAUCCACACAACUGGCUUGCGAGGGCCAGCCCACCAAAGCCACCAGAAUGCUGCAAGCUGAAGAAGCCGUGUCCAGAAUCAAGGCUCCUGAGGGCGAAAACCAACCAAGUACAGAAGUAGACCUCUUUAUAUCUACUGAGAAGAUAAUGGUCUUAAACACUGAACUGAAGGAGAUCAUGAUGGACCACGCAUUGAGGACUAUAUCCUACAUCGCUGAUAUUGGAGAUCUGGUCGUGCUCAUGGCAAGGAGAAGGUUUGUCCCACAUGAGAACGACUCAGACCAGCCUAAAUUGAACCGCACGCCGAAAAUGAUCUGCCAUGUUUUUGAGAGCGAAGAGGCACAAUUUAUAGCGCAGUCUAUAGGACAGGCAUUCCAGGUCGCUUACAUGGAGUUCCUUAAGGCGAAUGGAAUAGAGGACCAUAGUUUCGUCAAAGAAAUGGACUACCAAGAGGUGCUGAACAGUCAGGAGAUAUUUGGGGACGAGUUACAAAUGUUCGCCAAAAAGGAAUUGCAGAAAGAGGUGGUGGUCCCGAAAACAAAGGGUGAGAUUCUAGGCGUGGUGGUCGUGGAGUCCGGUUGGGGCUCCAUGCUGCCCACUGUGGUCAUUGCCAACCUGGCGCCCGCAGGGGCCGCUGCGCGCUGCGGACAACUUAAUAUAGGCGAUCAAAUAAUAGCAAUAAACGGCGUCAGUCUAGUGGGGCUACCGCUGUCGACCUGUCAGACUUAUAUAAAGAACUCGAAGAACCAGACCGUUGUGAAGCUGACCGUGGUUCCGUGCGCGCCUGUAGUCGAGGUCAAGAUCAAGAGACCAGACACCAAGUACCAACUUGGCUUCAGCGUGCAGAAUGGAGUUAUCUGCAGCCUGCUUCGCGGCGGUAUAGCGGAGCGCGGCGGAGUGCGAGUGGGACACCGCAUCAUCGAGAUCAACUCGCAGAGCGUCGUCGCCGUACCGCACGAGCGCAUCGUCAACCUACUCGCCACCUCCGUCGGAGAGAUAUUGAUGAAGACAAUGCCGACGUCGAUGUUCAGGCUGCUGACCGGUCAGGAGAACCCGGUGUUCAUAUAACGCGCGCCGCCGCCGCGUCUCAAGUGCCUGCUUACUACGAUAUUACAUUACGCCCACUCAGCACCGCCACACGGCCCUAGCCUCGCAAACUAACCCGCAACUUAAUACUGCCGAUUAAGAAAAAUAAAAACUAUAACCGCCCUUCUAAUCUCAACUAUUCUGAACUUUGCGCAAGACAUGCGCAGUUGCGCAAACUGAAGGCACCCUGCGCAAGUUGCGUAGCUACGUUUCGACGCUAAUUUCAGAGCAGUGGAGAAAUAAGGUUUGUAAAUAUUAUAUAUUUUGUGUAUUAUACAUAAACAGCUGUGCAGGAACUUUUAAUAAUUGGCAAUGUUUAUAUUGAAUAAGUAGAUACGUCAACUUAUCUUGGUUAUCUGCUAUUAGUUCGGCAGAAACUGUACAAUAAUAACUUUUGCAGCAUUGGCCAAUUAUUAAAAACAUGUUCCUACACAUUAUAAUAUAGAUUUAUAACAAAAACCCCGUAGAUAUCCCGUGUUAAAUAAAUAUAGAUGACCAUAUAACAAGUUAAUAAUAAAUCAUUUGGAACAUAAUGUAACAGUUAAGUAUGCUUCUAACACAAUUUCAAGAUAUUCUUCUACGAACUAUGAACUUCGACAAUCUUGAUAUUUUAAUUUAGUACGAAUAGUAUUAAUAUUAUCUCGAAUUGUUUAUGUAAACAAAAGUACAUAUUUUAAUUGUUUAGUAAAGAUAGUCGGAGUACAUAAUUCAGUUCUAUAACCAAUGCAAAUACAUAAACAAGCUCUUUUUAAGUCAGUUAUGAGUGAGCUUGAGGUAGGUGAUUCUUUGCGAUAACGUUCAUUUACAUUUAAAUUAAAAUAACAAACGUUAUAAUAAUGUAAACACUAACAUAUUAUUUCUUUAUAAAAAGUACAUAUUAAAAAAGUACCAGCAAAAAGGUACAAUAAAAUACAAGAAAAAGUAUAAUUUUAUAGCGAGGAUAGGGCCAAACUCAAGCUUAGCUGAUAAAAUACUCAAUAAAACGUAUGUGAUGAGUUUCAAUGCUUACAAUGCUUUCGUGGCUAAUAAGAUAGAAUAUAAGUUGUAUUAUCUCUCUAUUUAAACACCAUGUAUUUAUAAUUACGAAAAUAAAACAUGCUCUAUAAAUCACACCCACAUCAGAGCUUUAGAUAGUAAAAAAAUAAGUACAUUAUGAAAUACUUUUGCCUCGUAAUUAUAAAUAUAUAUUGUUUUUCUUUGAUCGUCAUGACAAUGUGUAUACAUACUCCACUUUAAUGUAUUUAUGAAAAAUAUCAGAAUCCCAUUCAUAUCUGCUUAGAUAUUUGUAUUAAAUUAACAAUUUAUUCAAACUACAUUCGCGGUUGUUUUGCUUCUGUGGUUAAAUUGACAAUUAAUUUUCGAAAUAAGAAUACGUCAUGAUGUCUAUUGCCAUAUUUUUUUUAUAUAUUAUCUAGGUACCUAAAAUCUGAUUAGGAAUUGCGUUCUACUUUAAGUGUAACGGUAAAUAAGGUUUUGAUUUUUGUGGUUUUAUUCUUUUUUACGUAAUAUUUGGACGUGUAUCUCGAAAUUUUCUGUUUUUAACUUAUUAUUGUUUUUUGUGUGAAACUAUAAGGUUUAGGUGAAUUAUGUGAGAGGGAACAUACAUGUAGUUGUAUUAUUUAUUUCUGUGUCACCGUUCAUGCCUGUUAGCAAUCAAAUCAUUCCAUUAUAAUAAUGUUUAGUUCUCUGUAUAUUCUGACAAGUCGACGUUAAGUUUCAUUAUUUAACCAACAACAUAUUUCUUACAUAUAAAAGUGCACCAUAGUUCAAAUCGAGCCAUUCAGUUCAGAAAUAAACAUGUAUAGCUUAGAUAAGUAGGUCGAGCGAUCUAGUUGUGCUGUGGCACCUAUUUUAGACAACUUGCAUCUAUCAUAGUAAACGCAUCCUAAAAUCCGCGCCAUAGCACAUUCACAGACCUACAGUGAUCAAAUUGAAUAAAAAAAGAAUUGAUUAGUGGAUAUAGUAAUAAAAAAGCAUUAUUUCGUGUAGCAUCUCAAAAGAUAUAUCAUAUUUUGUAAAUUUUAUAGUGUCGCUAUAGCUAUGUAAUCUAUAUAUGUAUGUCCCUGUGUUCUUAGCUAAGCUUAGCGCUCUGAGAACGAGUAAACAACAUUUAUUUAUGUAUAAAAAUAUAUAUAAUUUAACAGUUCUAAUUAUAAACACUUUAGAUAUAAACACUUUAAUAAACCGCUUCUGAUUACGUACAUUUAUCCCCUGAACUAAUAUCUCCUCAAUAUGUCUUCUUUUUCGUGUUUGGUUCAUUUGCUCUUAUGGUCAGUGUCCUAAAAUUGUGGGUGUGUCUAUGAAGAUCGGAAAACGUUGGCAAAUUAACCAAUGUUAGCACCUUAAGAUUAUCGAGGUCAUGUCUGCCACCCAUUUUUCUAUUUACUACAUCGUCGCUCAAAAUAUCCCCAGAACUUUUAAAUUUUCUUUAUUCCUACGACCCUCGACACUGACCACGCCCUGUGAACUAAACGUAAUAUAAUAAGUAUACAGUCUGAUGUAAUUUUGUAUUGCUAGCUGUUGUGAAUAAGAUUUAUUUACAUUGAGAAACACAGAUAAUAAAUAGCCUUUUAUUGUGAAAGCUGGUAUGGUAGGUACACUGUAACAUGUGAAAUAACUAUUGUUGUUCUCAUUUCUAAGAGUAUUAUUCUAGUCUGCAUUAAAGUUAAGAAUAAACUGAACAAACUGAUUUCGUUGUUUUAUUAUCUUCCUAAUUAAUAAAGCUGCUUAUUUUCAGCCUUAUUAGUUUGAGCCUUUCAACCUACCGAUUCAGAAUAUUUAACUUUUAUCGCUGGCCUUACUACUUUAAGGAA